AUGGCGACUGCAGAUAUACAGGUAGCCGGCAGUACAUCUUGCCAGAAACCCAAAUCGUCCCUCUGCUGGCGCGAGGGCGUGAGAGAGCGCAGUCUCCAGAGAUCGUAUCGAUCGAAAAGCCCUGUUUUCCCUCACAGUUCUUCUAAAAAUUUAUAUUCAGCCAACAUGUCGUGCGCGGAGAACGGGUCUCUGUGCAGCCCGGACUACCCAGACAUGAUGCUUGGUACGAGGGAGGACUACCUGUCGGAGGGCGCGCUGAUAGCGGUGACUGUGAUCUACGCCGCGGUGUUCCUGGUCGGCGUGCUGGGCAACGUGGCCGUCGGCCUGGCGGUGUGGGGAAGACGGGAGCUGCGGAAGCCGACGAAUUACUUCCUGGUGAACCUGAGCGUGGCUGACCUGCUGCUCCUACUGGUGUGCAUGCCGACCGCCCUGCUGGAGACAUGGGUCCCCAUGCCCUGGCUGCUGGGGGAGGUCAUGUGUAAGCUGGUGCCGUACCUGGAGAUGGUUGUUUGCCAGGCCUCCGUGCUCACCAUCGUGGCCGUGUCCAUGGAGCGGUACCUGGGACUCACGCACCCUCUCAGGGCCAGGUCUCUGUGCACCAGCAGUCGGACCGGCAGAGCUGUCAUCCUGCUGUGGGUCACCUCCCUGCUGGCCGGGUCACCCGUGCUGUCCAUCGCCGAAAUAAAGACGUUUCACCAUAACGACACCGGCACCAUCACGAUGUGUGACACGACCGUGGACGAGACGUGGAAGACGGCGUACGUGCUGGGCAACACCGUGCUUUUCUUCGUGCUGCCGAUGCUGCUGCUCUGCGUGCUCUACUCGCUCAUCGGCCGGAAGAUGAUGGGGACGUGUCGGCUCAACUCUGAGGAGGCCAGUGACAGCCUUGUCGAGCGUCAGCGUUCCAGGCGGCGGGUGGUGUACAUGAUGGCCACGGUGGUCGUGGUGUUCUUCGUCUCCCUGCUGCCUCAGCGCGUCGUGCAGCUCUGGCUCAUCUUAGCUACCCGCGAAGACAUCGACUCAGCCUUCUCUCAGCACGACCUGCAGAUCCUGGUCGUCUUCCUGCGCAUCAUGCUGUACCUCAACUCCACGCUGAACCCGAUCAUCUACACGCUGUUCUCCACGCAGUUCCGCAACGCCUUCUUACGCCUCGUCGGGUUCAAGAACAAGUCCACCUCCGUCCAGAGGACCACCAACACCCGAUUCUGGCUCGUGCGGUACCGGAACACGCUGGAGAUCCACGGCAAGGGAGCGCACCGGACGAAGACGGAGCCAGGGUUCAUCACCCCGCAGUCGUACCCGAUGCUCCCCAUCGUCACGCCUCCCGGCAUCACGACGAAUAAGAGAAGCAAAAGACUCGCCAGUCGGCCUCCGAUGACCGCCUCCCCGCGCACAUGCACACCCUCUCCGGUAAGCCUGCACGUGAGACACAACUCCAUCGUGUCCAUGGUCCCGACCAUCCACUUCAGUGACUCCGAUGAUCACAUUGACCAGGAGGUGCCAAAGAACGAAGAAGUGCAGAUCUAUGAGGUCCGGCCAGACAAUACCCUCCUCAGACCUUUCGGCGGGGAGACAAGCAGAAUCACCAACAGCACGUCUCUGAGAGAUGUCUACACUGACUCCGCGGCAGAACAAAACGAUGCGGACACAAAGAACUGUACACCUAUAUCAAAGAGCUUCUAGACAGUUAUGGCGACAAUAUAGGGCUAAUCUAUUCCAACUACAGCUCGAGUCCGCUUAGCCCCACAAAAUGCCGAU